AUGACAUCCGAGGGAAAAAACCCAGAAACGGAAGUUGAAGUUCAAGGGCAAAUGUAAGUGCAAGGUCAAAUUAUGCUUUGGCUUGUUUGGCGGAAUUUGGCGGAAUUUGGCGGUAUAAACUGCUUGCGUUUUGUAAUCGUUUAGCGCUACUUUACUCUAGUUUUCUGAUGUGUAAAUCAUUCAUCGUGAUUAUAUAAGUGUGACCUAAAUUCUACAGGAAAAGGCAGUAAAUGUGCUUAUUUUCUUUUGGGCAUCAGUCUUUGUUUUCAUUGAAUUUCGUAAAAACAACAACUGAGAUAGGAAGCCGAAAGGUGAGUAUAAAGUUGAUUAUUAAAUUGUGUGUAUUUACUUUGCUGUUUUGGUCGUUUUGCUUUAGCAACUCUGCUAUGGAAUGGAACAAAAGACAUGAUACCAUGCUGUUCAGAGAGGUUUUGGUAGUUAAUCCCUAUCAAGCCAAAAAGAAAACUGUCCAGCGAGGGCAACUUUGGCAAACCGUGGCUGGCAACCUGGUGCGACUGGAAGACCCUGUGUUCAAGAAACGUUUGUCGAAGCGUUCAGUUCAAGAUCGUUGCACGCUCUUUUGCGAAAAGCACAAGAAGAGAAUGAAAUAUGACACGAAGGCGUCGGGGGAUAUCGCCAAAAGUGACGGAAUUGGAAAGUUUGAUAGAGGAAACGUUGGAAAAAGUGGAGGCGAGUGAAGAGUUGAGGGCAACACAAGAUAUACAUAUCUAUAAAUACUAUGGCAAAAUUUCAUUGAUUUGCUUUAAAAACUUCGUAAUUAUAAUGGAAAAUUUAAAGCCCAGAUAUAUAGAUGUCGGUAACCUAGACAUACUGAAGUUGAGGGCGGGGAGCAAAGGCAUAAACCACUGUUUUUUUUAUUUGAAGCACAGAAAAAGAAAGUUGAGCAAGAUCAGAGAAAUGCUGUGGAUAUUCGGAAGAAGGUAAUGGAAAGGUUUGGAGAGACAAAGAAAAGAAAGAUUGAUGAGGGAGAAAUUGAAGAGAAGAAGAGAAAGCGAAGAAGGUCAGGAUCUGAUACGUUGCAGUUUAUAAUGGAACAGUCAGAAAAUGAAAUGAACAUGAGGGGGAGGGAACUGGCAUUAGAAAAGGAGAAACAGACAAGGGAGGAGCAGAGACACAAUGAUUUCAAAGAGAUUAUGGCACAGCAGAUGGCUCAACAGCAACAGCAAAUGGCCCAGUUCCAGAUAAUGUUCAUGCAAAAAAACAAUUUAAUGCUGUCAAUGCUCGAGAAAAAGUCAUAA